AUGCUAACCACUGCAACUCUCCUCACUUCAAACGAUCAUCGGCUUAGAACACUUCAUCAACCUCAUCCGAAUCCUAAUCAACAUAAACCUAGAUCAAAGCAUACAUCUCACUUACCAUUAUCCUCCUUAACUUCAACAGCCUUACCUACCCGACCUAGAACUGCAACAACGAUCAACGUACCAUCUCCAACGAUCAAUCCUGAUCAUCAAUCUAUCACUGAUCAAACUUUUCACUCAGUCAAUACUCUUUCGCAAGCACCAAACCUUUCUCCUACUCAGUCUCUUCGUCGUGCCUCAUCGACUCCUGUACUCUUACAUCGAGUUCCUUCUUGUAACUCUAAGCGAAAAACACGUGCUGGAACCCUUAGUCCAGUAGAACUUCGCUCAGCUCCUACGCCUCAGACCACUACUUCAGCUCUUUCCAAACCCGAUCCUUCUCCGACACUCAAAGACUCUUCAAUCCCACCACCAUCAAUAUCUAACUUGCAAAAGAAAGCAAAACGGAAGAGUGAAAUGAAGUCAUGGGAAGCGAGUGGAUCAGUGGCGGCUACCGGUACCCCCACCUUUUCCCCUUCCUUUCCAAUCCCAUCUACUCGAACGCAAGGAUCAUCGCCUGAGCUUGGACCUCGCACACCUAUCGCUUCUGCUCGAGUUAAAUCAAAUGAUAGCCCAUUACAAUCAGAACCUCCAAUAAUUGAUCCCUCUCCCGCGGCUUUACGUCGAUCAAAGGCAGAAGAGCGAAGAAGAAAGAAACAUAUCGAUUUUACAACUUAUCCUCAAAGUGAAUUGAUUUUAAGACUCGCAACCUUAUUACAACAAAUCGCCGUUUCUAAUGAUCGAAUUGAUGAACCUAGAUCAGCAACUGGCGCAACAGCCAUGUCCGAGUGGUCUCUUCCUAGAGGAUCAAGACGUCCAAGUACUGGUUCUGCUCUCUCUUCACCCGGUGCUACGUGGAAUCGUAGAACAGUUAAGGCGACCGAACGACCAGAUCAAAGUCCAACAGUGGCUUAUUUUCAACAACAUCAGAAUCAAAGUGAAACUCGAUCGGGAAAUGGAACACCUAAUCUAGAAGAAGAAUCGUUUGAAUUUGGACAACUGAGAGCCUCCAAUGGAUUACAUCCUAAUCACUUAACCACCGCAUCUAAAACUGCAUUAACCUCACCUUCAGCUUUAUUAACCUUUCAUGCAAAACAUGUACCUCAGAUCACCAUCGAAGCUUACCUAAGAAGGAUACAGAAAUAUUGUCCAAUGACCAAUGAAGUCUUUGUAGGAGUUUUAGUCUAUUUAGAUCGAAUGAGUGGGAUUAGAGGUCCAGGUGGUGAACAAUUUGUGAUUGAUUCUUGGAAUGUUCAUCGGUUUUUGAUUGCUACGGUGACGGCCACAAGCAAGUUUUUUAGUGAUGUGUUUUAUACAAACUCACGUUAUGCCAAGGUGGGAGGAUUACCGUUAAAAGAAUUAGAUCAAUUAGAAUUACAAUUCUUAUUAUUAAAUGAUUUCAGAUUAAUGAUUUCAAAUGAAGAAUUAAAUAAAUAUGGAGCUCAAUUACUUGCACCCUUUCCCAAUGAAAAUCAAGAUGAUGAAGAGGAGGAUGAAGUAGAAAGUGGGAAUCUAGAUUAUAGACCAUUAAGUUGGUCAGAAGAAUCAAGUGAAGCUACUAUCACUCCUGGUUCUCCUGGUUCAGUGGUUACAGCUUCUUCUUUUAAUAGCUCUUGA